AUCGCCUCAGUUGUGGGUUGACUUGUUUGUGUUGUGACCGAGAUCAGAGCUGUCACUUGAUUAAUUUUUCUCAAAUUUCAUGAGAUUCUGUUGCCACAAUCCAGAGAAUUAAUAGCUAUGCAUUGGCAGUCAUGGAAGCCCCACAUGCUAGUCUUUCUACGUCAAGAAUUGCUGUCAAGUGUCCCUGACCAAAUUCUCAGCUAAUAUGGAGAACGAUGACAAUGAGUGCGGGAUGACCAGCUGGUUGCGAGGGUCACCCCUGCGCACGUCGCUGGGCCGGCGUCGUGCUCCGUCCCCUCUCCACGAUGUUGACCCUGCGGCUGCGUUCCACUCAUUCAUUAAACACUGGCAGCAAACAUGUGAAAUCAUUGCUAGAACCCAGUUGAGGGGACAGGCAUGUGCUGAUGAUGUCACUGCUGUCAUCAACCACCUUGCACAGAUGGUCACACUUCUGCUGGUGGACUUACGGCAGAUAAUGGCUCACAACACACGUACUCAAAAUGGUAUUGGUCAGAAAAAUAACGGUGGCAACGAAGUGAAAAAUACAACGCAUUCUCCUGAAGGUAGCAAAGACUCCAACAACCAACAUGCAUCUUUGCCAGCAGAAAAUCCUCCUCAUACUCCAAUCUUUGACCACUUCCUGGGGGAAGAAAUUCUUGACAAAGUUCUCACUUGGAGCCUCAACACUGGGGAAUUUGUGAAUGCCCUCAAGUUGGAACAAUUAAAGGUUCAUGAGCAAUUACUUAGCCACUCAAGGCAAGAAAUACUUGUGUACAAGCCCAUAAUCCGUCCGUUGCUCCGACUUUUGGCUGCGUGUGGAGGUUGUGUCCCAGUUGAAGUGGAGAAACGUUUGGUUGUGCUUCUGAAUCAACUGUGUGUCUCACUUAUGCAUAAUCACCAGCUUCUUGAUUUCUUUUUCCAGUUCUCCAAUGAUCAAGGACCUACCAAGUUCAUGAUCUUUUCACUAUUACUGCCAUUUGUUCAUCGUGAAGGAGGCAUUGGACAGCAGGCGAGAGAUGCUCUGCUUCUCUGUAUGGCUCUCUCUGCUUCACAUACCUCUGUGGGCCAAUAUAUUGCACAGCAUUCUAAUUUUUGUCCUGUUUUAGCAGCUGGUCUGAGUGGCCUCUAUUCUAUGUUACCACGCACUUUGACUAUUGAGUCAGAUGGUUGGCAUCGCCUAAGUCCAGAGGACAUAAGUGAUAUUUCUCAAUUACAGUUGUUCCUGAAUUCUCUAGAAUUUUGCAAUGCAGUUGUACAGGUUGCUCAUCCAUUAGUAAGGGAACAGUUAGUGGAGUUCUUGUAUCAAGGAUUCCUUGUUCCUGUGUUGGGGCCUGCACUACACCAGGGUGGCGCAGUCAAUGGGGAUAUCAGCGCUCACAACUCUCCUGUUUUUCUGUCUGUCGUUGGUGAAGUUGUUGCAGCCACUGCAUAUGUAGAGCUGUGUUUACGAACAGUAACCGAGCCAGAGCUGAGGAGGGCAUUCCUGGCCUUCCUCCUCACUUCUCCCAACAGUCCAGCCUUGGAACCUCCAAUCAUAACUAUACUCAUCUCAAGAUUACACUCGCCAAAUACACAACUGUGCCUGGUUACUCUUAGUCUGUUUUGGACGUUAGUGGAACUGAACUGUGAAGAUUUAAUGAUAGCACUCGUUUUCCAAUAUCUUACUCCUUGCACACAUGUUAUGCUGUCACAGAGGUCACGCCUUACACAACCCCCACACCCUGGAGCCCAUGCAUCGCAUAGGCUUUUACAACUCAUGCCUGCUGUAUGCCAGCAGGUUGAAGCCCAGCAGAAGAAACCUGAGAGUGGAGACUCCUCUCAAACACCGCAAACAUCACUAUCACCUCAGCCAUCACCAACGACUUUAACAGUGCCACAACAUCAUCGAUCGCUCUCUAACACAUCAUCUUGCUCAUCAGAAAGUGACUCAGUCUUUGAACAACAGACCCCAUAUUCUGACUACCUACAAGAUGCCCGUUCAAGAAUAGAAGCAGGGACUAUUGCCUGUGGCUGUUGGGUCUGGAGGUAUGAUGGUCUUAGUCCUACUCCAACUCAAGCUAUGGAGAUGUUAGAUGUGGCACGCACUAACCCACCUGUAUUAUAUUCUAAACCACGUGCCCACUCUGACCCAGUACCAGUUCAUUCUUCAGACUUGCCACAAGCAGAGGCCAAAGUUCGAAGUGUAAGUCUACCCUCAGCUAUAGGCAGUAGAGAGAAAGGGGAUAGUAAUGAAACAAGACCAGUGGUUAAUGGUAUAUGUGAUAAUCAUAACAAUGAUGCAAGAGGGCACACCAUGCAGCAGCAGCAGCAAGAGGUGUUGAGAGAGCUGCUGGGGCUGGAGGUGAAGAGGAGAACCUUGACUCUCUUGGAGAAAGCAGUGGAUAUGAAAGCUUCAACAUUAGGGCAUCUCGAGACUCCUCUCCUGCCCAUAGUUCCCAUGGCUCGCCUAGAAACCGUGUUGUCCACCAUGAGUCACCGAGUCUAGAAGAAGCAUCCUCUCAAGGCUCACCAGGAGAUAGAGGACCCAGGGAAAGAAAAGGAUCUGUUUUGAGCUCAGAGGAAGAUCAGGAAUUCAUGGAUACACUACAGAGAUCAUCAACUCCCACUGAAAUGACAGGUCUAGAAGAAACACUGUGUGAAAUUGAGCAAGCAUUCACUGCAUUUAAGAUUUUUGAUGUGAGCUCCUCAACAUCAUAUAACAAAGU